UAUUCCCCACCCCCUCGCAGUUUAAAUACCACAACACAACACACAUACCAGCCCACAUAACCACACGAGUGAGACCGACACCACCCGCCACAGACUGAGUUGCCGGCGAGUUCUACCCGUCUAACUCAGUUACCCUCUUCCCUAUACAAAUUACUCAAGAGUCUCCAACUCACUCUUCUUCUGAACCCAUAAGGGGCAGCGCAAUGGGUUCGGAGCUCAUCUUCAGAGGGCACGAGGCCCAACACGUGGCGGACACCUACUCGCCGAAACCGCAAAAGCCAUGGGCCUCUGUGACCCGCCCGAUUGGGUACUUGCUCCGAGAGCAGCGCCUCGUCUUCGUCCUCGUCGGCAUUGCUAUAGCCACCGUCGGGUUCACGCUCCUCCCGUCCUCUCGCUCUCCGUAUGUUAACGGCAACGUCCCGAUCUCGAACGAGUAUGUUAGGUACGACUUCGAUUCGUCGACCCAUUUGACGCACAAGCCCGCUUACGAGCGCCGGUUCGGGUUGACGAACUGGAAUUCUGGUGGGAAGGUGCCGCUGGGGCUGAAGAGAAAGGGGCUCCGGAUCGUGGUGACGGGUGGGGCCGGAUUUGUCGGGUCGCACCUUGUGGACCGUCUGAUAGAGCGAGGGGACAGCGUGAUCGUUGUGGACAAUUUCUUCACCGGCAGGAAAGAGAACGUAAUGCACCAUUUCGGGAACCCCAGGUUCGAGCUCAUCCGACACGACGUCGUUGAGCCUCUUCUCCUCGAAGUCGACCAGAUCUACCAUCUCGCUUGCCCUGCCUCCCCUGUCCAUUACAAGUUCAACCCCGUCAAGACUAUUAAAACCAAUGUGGUGGGGACUCUGAACAUGCUGGGUCUAGCGAAGAGGAUAGGAGCGCGGUUCUUGCUAACCAGCACCAGUGAGGUGUACGGUGAUCCUCUGCAGCACCCGCAGGUUGAAACCUACUGGGGCAACGUUAAUCCAAUCGGUGUCCGAAGUUGUUACGACGAGGGAAAACGUACGGCCGAGACAUUGACCAUGGACUACCACAGAGGAGCCGGAGUCGAGGUUAGGAUUGCUAGGAUUUUCAACACUUAUGGGCCAAGAAUGUGCAUAGAUGACGGCCGUGUUGUUAGUAACUUUGUUGCCCAGGCGUUGAGGAAAGAGCCUAUGACUGUUUAUGGAGAUGGGAAGCAGACAAGGAGUUUCCAAUACGUUUCUGAUCUGGUGGAAGGUCUAAUGCGCCUGAUGGAAGGUGAACAUGUCGGACCAUUCAAUCUCGGGAAUCCGGGUGAAUUCACCAUGCUUGAACUUGCAAAGGUGGUUCAAGAAACAAUCGACCCAGACGCAAAGAUAGAGUACAGGCCCAACACAGAGGAUGACCCCCACAAGAGGAAGCCUGAUAUCACAAAGGCUAAAGACUUACUUGGUUGGCAACCAAAGGUGUCCCUGCAAAAGGGUCUCCCUCUCAUGGUCUCUGACUUCAGGAAGCGCAUCUUUGGUGACCACAAGGAAGCUGGCUCUACCGCCACCACCACCACUACCAUGUAAUAAUCCUUCCUUCCUCUGUUAAUGUAGGCAUGGCCAUUGGCAUAUAUACUUCAUUUCUCACUCAGCAAACUGGCAAUGGGAAAGCCAAUUCCUUUCUUUCUUUCCCCUCUCCAAUUUCCAAACGAAAUACAACAGCAGGGUCACAGCCGCAGUAGCAACAGCAACAGCAACAGUAGCAUAUAAGAAGUUCUGGCACUUGUUUUAUGUCCAUCCUUGUUCUUUAUGUGUUGUUAUCCUCUUAAAGCUUAAUAGACAGCGAGCUUCUCUUUCCGAUCGGUCUUCCUAUUCUUUCUUGUUAUGCGAACGGUGUCCAUUAGAGACAGUGUUAAUUAGAUUACAUGAUAUUACUUGUUUGUAU